CAGCAGUGAUCCAAUGAAAGGCUCCUUAGCUGUACUGAACUUCACCAUAGUGUUUGGAUUUUACAGCAUAGCUUUUACUACAAUGUCAGCUGAACGGCUCGCUAAAAUCCCCGAAGUUGAUUUAGAUCCAAAUGGCGUGUUCAAAUACGUCCUGAUACGGGUGCACAGUAAAGACGAUGAUUCAUAUGUUGAUAUUGUAAGAGGAUACGCAUGGGCCGAGUAUCAUGCUGACAUCUAUGACCGUGUUGCUGGAGAACUGGAGAGAGGUGGAGGAUUAGACUGUGAGUGUCUCGGAGGAGGAAGAAUCAGACAUGACAGUGCAGAAAAAAAGAUCCAUGUCUAUGGCUAUUCAAUGGGCUUUGGAAGAGCAAAGCAUGCUGUUUCCACAGAGAAAAUAAAAGCUUGUUAUUCAGACUAUGAGGUGACAUGGGCGGAUGAGGGGUAUUGAACGUGUUAUCUGGAAUAUGAUGGCUCUGAUCCUGGUAUUCUGAAUCUAACUGUCUUAAUAGAGUUCUGGACUGUUCCAUAUUGUGCCAAGCCUGAGAAAGAGCAGAGCCUUUACAAGAUUCAGAUUUGAAUGGACAGAUAACAUGUUUACUUCAAAACAAGUGCAGAGAUUUUUUCUGCAUUGUCCUUGGUUGGUUUUGAAUUUACUGAAAUGUACAGUAGAUUAACAUUUGGCAACAAAGAAAGAAUGUUUGUUUGUAGGUCUUAAUAUAGAAAAUUAUGUAACAAAGUACACAUCAGGUUAGUGGGAAAGUUUAAGUAUUUCAUGGCAAACCAUAAACUCCCUUACAUAGUGCAACAAUACCAUCCUGAAAAGCUAAUAAACCUAGAAAGUGCCAGCAUUUUUCAUUUAAGUUAAAAAUAUUGGCAUGCAACCUCAAUGCACUUGCUGUAGCACAAUAAGUGAAAGUUCUCAUUAAAGGGACAGUUCACCUAAAAAUGAAAAUUCUCUCAUAAUUUACUCACCUUCAUGCUAUCCCAGAUGUGUUUUACUUUCUUUCUUCUGCUAAACACAAAUGAAGACUUUUAGAAGAAUAUCUCAGCUGCGUGGGUCCAUACAAUGCAAGUAAAUGGUUGCCAGAACUUUCAAUCUCCAAAAAUCACAUAAAGGCAGUAUAAAAGUAAUCUAUAUGACUCCAGUGGUUUAAUAUAUGUCUUGUGAAGCAAUAUGAUAGGUGUAGGUGUAAAACAUUAAUAUUUAAGUCUUUUUUUUUUACUAUAAAUUUGUCUUCACUGCCCAGUAGGUGGCAAUAUGCACAAAGAAAAAGAAGAAGUAUGUGAAAGUGAAAGAGGAGAUUUAUAGUCAAAACCUAUCAUAUCACUUCUGAAGAUAUGUAUUUAACCACUUGAGUCUAAUGGAUUACUUUUAUGCUGCCUUUUUGUGCUUUUUGGACCUUCAAAGCUUUGGUCACCAUUCACUUGCAUUGAAUGGACCUACAGAGCCUGAGAUAUUCUUCUAAAAAUCUUUGUGUUCACCAGAAGAAAGAAAGUCAUGCACAUCUUGGAUGGCAUGAGUAAAUCAUAAGAGAAUUUUCAUUUUUGGGUAAUUACUUUAAGGUAAAUUAUUGUGUUUAACUACAACAUAAAAAAUAUUAUGUGUUGUUGUAAUAGUCCAGAUUUAAUCAUUUCUAAGGCACCACACUGUAAAUUUGGUCCCUCAUAUAAUAAGAACUGAUCCGGAGAUUGCAAACCUUGUCUGAUAAACUUCAAUAUCCUCCUAACAUCCGUGUAUCAGCAUUUUUUUUUUAUAGAAAAUCUCAUUAGGAUAUGUAAUAAUUUUCCUGACUAAGUAUAUUACAACCUGAAAAUAUAAUGUUAUUAAUAGUACUAAAUUGCCCUUGUAAGUUUCCCUGAAGCACUGAUCAGGACUUACAGCAUUUAAAACAACAGAUUUUGUUUUUCAUUUAAAGCCUGACCAUAAAAAUACAGUCACAGUAGUAGACAUUGUAUCAGUUGCAUUUGGAAUAUUUAGUGCAUCUAAACAGAAGUGAAUUGGACAGCAACAUGUUUAAUAAAUGAAUUUAUUUUUGUCUUUA